ACAUGUUCCUAUAAUUUCCGCUAGGACAAUUUACGAUAAAAUUUGAACCUCUCCAAUUUUCGAAAUGCGGCUUCUUGUUGUCUUAAAAUUUAUUUAUCUCAGAAUAACGUUAACUCUGGGUUACAAUAAUUUCACUUUGAUCACAACUUCCGAGUUUAAAGCUUGUCAGGAUUGUCCUUGGGUUCGCAGAUUUAAUAGUGAGCAACUAACAAGUAACAACAAACCUCUGCUGCAAUUUUCUUGCCGAUCGAAUUAUUCUAUUGAUUGGGAAUUUCAUUAUGAUGAGAAUGACCAAGUCGAAGUUCAAUUGCGAACAAUGGAUUAUAAGAGGGAAGUCCAAUCCUUCACAAAUGUCUCUAGUUAUUCUUAUAGAAUAAAUGUCAUCAUCUAUUAUCCCUAUCGCCUCAAAUAUUUUCCUAAUUUCACCUGUUUCUCGACACAAAAUAGUACCAAGCUGACACGACUUGUGGCCAAUGGCAAUAGCGAUUUUUUUGAAAUUUCUGCUGCCUCAACGCCAAAUGAUUAUUACAAAUCACACUUGCCAAAAGAUUCGUGUCAAGCCUGGACAUAUUUUGCGGUUUCACCUGCAGUUCCACACGAGGAUAAUAUGGGGCCGUGUUAUAACUGUUUUUUACAUGCUAAUGCAACCAGACGGGAUUUGAAUUAUCAACUGAUUCCUCUUAAGCAUAAUUGUGAAAAGUUUGCCUUGUGUGAGAGUAUAUGGCCGAACGAAUUGGAGGUAGGUUGCAUGUCGAUUUUUGAAGGUGGUUUCGAACCACCGUGUGGAACUGGUGUUCAGGAAAUUUUCUGUUUUACGUCGGAUAACAAACAGUGUGUUGCGUCUAAUGACCUUAAGCCAUUUGUGAUUUCAUGUCAAAAUGCUUAUCAAAGUGGCGUAAUAAAAGCGACGUUUGGGUUUUAUGGGAUUCGAAGUAUGGAGCAGUUUCUCAGGGAUAAUUCAACACGUCCACAAAUUUACUUCAGUUUGGACCCUGCCAACCAGGAAAUGCUUAACGAAAUGGUGGAACUGGUCCAACAAAAUGCUACAAGAGAGACAUUUGUAGGACAGGAUGUGGUAUUUCGGUGCAGGGUGACCUCUAUCUAUUGCGGUUAUCCGUUGUGGAUUAGUGUUAUUUAUGAAGAAGGGGAACCACUUUAUGCGGAAAUGCCGUAUAAUUUGAACAGCAGCCUAAACCAUGGCGAAAUUUAUAACCAUAAUAACGGGACUAUCUUGGGUGCCGGAGCGUUUGGCAUGGUUGUGAAGGGAAAACGGAUAAACGGCAAUGGCUCUCAUGAUUAUCAAAAUACUUCCAAUUCCAAUACUGCCGUGGCAGUAAAAAUGGUGAAACCGGAUGUUGAAGUAGAACAUUUUAAAGCCCUUUUGUCGGAAAUAAAAAUAAUGGCUUAUCUUGGAGAUCAUAAGCAUCUAGUAAAGUUUCAUUGCGCUUGCACAGAAAGUAUUCAAAGUCGAAAAGUUUACAUUGUUGUGGAAUUGUGCAGUACGGGAGAUUAGAAAGGGACGAGAAAGAACUACCACCAUUUUCUAGUCUGUCCUUAUUUAGGUGGAGUUCUGAAAUAGCGCGUGGAUUGGACUAUGUCCACUCGAAGAAUGUUAUCCAUGGUGACCUUGCGAUAAGAAAUGUCCUCUUGACGGAAACCUUGACUGCUAAGAUAUCCGAUUUUGGUCUUUCCAGACUGUUGGUGAAUUCCUCAAAUUAUGUCAAAAAAUCACAGGUACCUCUGCCUUGGCGCCACAUGUCGCCAGAAACACUGCGGGAUAAAAACUUUUCAACAAGCUCAGACAUUUGGGCUUUAGGAGUAACCUUGUGGGAAAUAUUUGAGCUUUGUUAGGUAUAUGUAUGCCUACGUAGAUAUGCAUAUGUAAUUAGUUAUGAAUCUGUACAUCACUCCAUCUUUAACUCUCCACUAAUAAAUACUCUCCUCUGUCUCCUCUCACUGUGUACCACUUAUUUAUGUAUAAUCAUAUAUACAUAACAUUGGUGGACCGUCGAGUACUUUCUUUGGCUCCUCCCACUCACAAUGGAUUUUAAAAUUUUCAAAAUUCUUCGCAAGACAUAUCACCUACCAAAUUUGCUACGACUGCGACGACUAAGCAGCUUGACCACCGCCCCUUAGAGCUUGUCAUUUUGCUUCCGAUAGGGAAAUUUCCCAAAUCUCUCUUCU